UCCCCGCCUCCCCGCCGCCCUCCCGCCCUGGCCCCGGGCCGCGCAGGCAGCCGCGAGCGAGGGGAGCGCUCUGGGAUGGGACUUGGAGGAAGCGGCGAGGGAGGAGACGGCGGCCGCGGCUCGGACUCCUUCCACCGCCCGCGCGAGCAGCGCCGGGGCAGGGCCGCGUCUCCCAGGAGGCCGACGACCGAGACCCGGGGGGCCGCGCCCGUCCCGCCGCCCCGGCGCCCGCGGUAGCGGCUGCAGCUUUACCUUCUUCCUCUUCCUGAAAAUGGAAAAGAUGCUGGUGGGCUGCUUUCUGUUGGUCCUCGGACAGAUCCUCCUUGUCCUCCCUGCUGAGGCCAAAGAGCGGACUCCCCGGAGGUCCAUCUCCAGAGGGAGACAUGCUUGGACCCACCCCCAGACGGCCCUCCUGGAGAGCUCCUGUGAGAAUAAACAGGCAGACCUGGUCUUCAUCAUCGACAGCUCCCGCAGCGUCAACACCCAUGACUAUGCAAAAGUUAAGGAGUUCAUCCUGGACAUCUUGCAGUUCUUGGACAUCAGUCCUGACCUCACCCGAGUGGGCCUGCUGCAGUAUGGCAGCACCAUCAAGAACGAGUUCUCCCUCAAGACCUUCAAGAGGAAGUCUGAAGUGGAGCGUGCCGUCAAGAGGAUGAGGCACCUGUCCACAGGCACCAUGACGGGGCUGGCCAUCCAGUAUGCCCUGAACAUUGCAUUCUCAGAAGCAGAGGGGGCACGGCCCCUGAGAGAGAACGUGCUGAGGGUCAUAAUGAUUGUGACUGAUGGGAGGCCACAGGACUCCGUGGCUGAGGUGGCUGCCAAGGCACGCGACACAGGCAUCCUGAUCUUUGCCAUCGGUGUGGGCCAGGUGGACCUCAACACACUGAAGGCCAUCGGGAGCGAGCCCUAUGAGGACCAUGUCUUCCUGGUGGCCAACUUCAGCCAGAUGGAGUCCCUGACCUCGGUGUUCCAGAAGAAGUUGUGCAUGGUCCACAUGUGCAGCGUCCUGGAGCAUAACUGUGCCCACUUCUGCAUCAAUACCCCCGGCUCAUACGUCUGCAGGUGCAAACAAGGGUACAUCCUCAACUCAGAUCAGACGACUUGCAGAAUCCAGGAUCUGUGUGCGGCCAAGGCCCAUGGGUGUGAGCAGCUCUGUGUCAAUGUGCUCGGCUCCUUUGUCUGCCAGUGUUACAGCGGCUUCACGCUGGCUGAGGACGGGAAGACGUGUGCGGCUGUGGACUACUGUGCCUCAGAGAACCAGGGAUGUGAACAUGAGUGUGUGAAUGCUGACAGCUCCUACUUUUGCCGGUGCCGUAAAGGAUUUACUCUUAACCCAGAUAAAAAAACAUGUGCAAAGAUAGACUACUGUGCCUCGCCUAAUCAAGGAUGUCAGCACGAGUGUGUUAACACAGAUGACUCCUAUUCCUGUCGCUGCCUAAAAGGUUUUACCCUGAAUCCAGAUAAGAAAACCUGCAGAAGGAUCAACUACUGUGCAUUGAACAAACCAGGCUGUGAGCAUGAAUGCAUCAACAUAGAGGAUGGCUACUACUGCCGCUGCCGCCAGGGCUACACCCUGGACCCCAAUGGCAAGACUUGCAGCAGGGUGGAUCACUGCGCGGAGCAGGACCAUGGCUGUGAGCAGCUGUGCCUGAACACUGAGGAUUCUUACGUCUGCCAGUGCUCAGAAGGCUUCCUCAUCAACGACGACCUCAAGACCUGCUCCAGGGCGGAUUAUUGCUUGCUGAGCAACCAUGGUUGCGAAUACUCCUGCGUCAACACUGACCGAUCCUUUGUUUGUCGGUGUCCUGAGGGAUACGUGCUCCGCAGUGACGGGAAGACCUGUGCCAAAUUGGACUCCUGUGCUGUGGGGGACCAUGGCUGUGAACAUUCAUGUGUAAGCAGCGGAGACUCUUUUGUGUGCCAGUGCUUUGAAGGGUAUAUACUCCGUGAAGAUGGGAAAACCUGCAGAAGGAAAGGUGUCUGCCAAUCAGUAAACCAUGGCUGUGAGCAUAUUUGUGUGAACAGUGAUGAGUCAUACAUCUGCAAGUGCCGGGAAGGAUUCCGGCUUGCUGAAGAUGGGAAGCGCUGCAGAAGGAAGGAUGUCUGCAAAUCGACCUACCACGGCUGUGAACACAUUUGUGUUAAUCAUGGCAACUCCUACAUCUGCAAAUGCUCAGAGGGAUUUGUUCUAGCUGAGGAUGGAAGACGGUGCAAGAGGUGCACUGAAGGCCCGCUCGACCUGGUCUUUGUGAUCGAUGGGUCCAAGAGCCUCGGGGAAGAGAAUUUCGAGACUGUCAAGCAGUUCGUCGCGGGCAUCAUAGAUUCCUUGGCGGUCUCCCCCAAAGCCGCCCGCGUGGGGCUGCUGCAGUAUUCUACGCAGGUCCGCACGGAGUUCGCCCUGGGAGACUUCAGCUCGGCCAGAGACAUGAAGAAAGCCGUGGCCCACAUGAAGUACAUGGGCAAGGGCUCCAUGACGGGGCUGGCCCUGAAACACAUGCUUGAGAGAAGUUUUGACCCAGUGGAAGGGGCCAGGCCUGUGUCCCCCGGGGUGUCCAGAGUGGCCAUCGUGUUCACGGACGGCCGGGCUCAGGACGACGUCUCCGCGUGGGCCCGCAGGGCCCGGGCCGGCGGCAUAACUAUGUAUGCUGUCGGGGUAGGAAAAGCUAUUGAGGAAGAGCUACAAGAGAUUGCCUCUGAGCCCACAGACAAGCAUCUCUUCUAUGCCGAAGACUUCAGCACAAUGGGAGAGAUAAGUGAAAAACUAAAGAAGGGUAUAUGUGAAGCUCUGGAAGAUUCUGAUGGAAGUCAGGACUCCCCAGCAGGAGAACUGCCAAAGAGGGUCCACCAGCCAACAGAAUCUGAGCCAGUCACCAUAAAUAUCCGAGACCUACUUUCCUGUUCUAAUUUUGCAGUGCAACACCGGUAUCUGUUUGAAGAAGACAGUGUUUCACGGUCCACACAAAAACUUUUCCACUCAACAAAAUCUUCAGGAAGUCCUUUGGAAGAAAAACACGAUCAAUGCAAAUGUGAAAAUCUUAUAAUGUUCCAGAACCUUGCGAAUGAAGAAGUGAGAAAGUUAACACAACGCUUAGAAGAAAUGACACAAAGAAUGGAAGCCCUGGAAAAUCGCCUGAGAUACAGAUGAAGAUUUGAAAUGUUCUACAUACUUGUACAUCAUUGUAUCAAGGGUUACAGUGAAAGCAGUUUGGAGCCUCAGUGUUCGAGCUGUGAUUAAGUCUCUAAAGUUGUAAAGUAAAACAUAACUAGUACUGAUAGCUAGUUUGCUAUAGAACAAAGAGCACGUCCUUCAGAAUCCUAAAAAUGAGAUUAUAAAGUGAGAACAAAUAAGCUAUGCAAAAUACUCUAACAUAUUGUGGACAUGAUUUGCUUUUGCCUUGUCCCAUCUUUGAGUGUUGUGAUUGCAUUUGACUCAAAAUAUUUUUGUUUGCAGUCUUCUGUAGAACACUGGCCAUAAGAAAAGCUAUUUUUUUUGUAUUGGAUUUUUACCUUGAUGUAUGUAUAUGGAUGUAUGCAUAAAAUCGUAAUACAUAUGUACUCGUAUAACAAAUUGAUUUUUUUAUACAAUAUUAAAAUUCACUUCAGAGAAUGG